CUGUGGGUGUUGAUUUCUUUAAACCUGAUCUCUUUCUUGUUCUGUUUUUCUGUUUCUCAAGCCUGUGCAACCUCAGCAGGAGCAGGUGAAGAGGAAGGUGAAGCGGAAGCUGGCUGGAUCGAAGGCGCUGCCAUUCUCCUCUCCGUUAUUUGUGUGGUACUGGUUACUGCUUUUAAUGACUGGAGCAAAGAGAAGCAAUUCCGUGGGCUUCAAAGUCGUAUUGAGCAAGAACAGAAGUUUACUGUAAUCCGGGGUGGACAAGUAAUUCAAAUCCUAGUAGCAGAGAUAGUAGUUGGUGACAUUGCACAGAUCAAAUAUGGUGACCUCCUACCUGCUGAUGGGGUAUUUAUUCAAGGAAAUGACCUUAAGAUUGAUGAAAGCUCAUUAACUGGAGAGUCAGAUCAAGUCCGCAAAUCUGUUGACAAAGAUCCAAUGCUGCUUUCAG